AUGCUCCCAUGUAGCCGGAUCCUGCGUCUUUGUUCGCUCCUACGCAGCCAUUGUCGCGUAUCCAGGCGCGGAUUCGUUGGCAUCGACCGACCUCUUCCGGACGACCUCUUUCAGGAUACCGCAGUCGUGGGCACUGAGCCCAGUGCCUCCUUUGGCGCUCUGCAGGCAUGCGAAACUGCCUUGGUUCCAUCGCUGGAUUCGUGCUCAAGCAUAGAGGACGUAUGCAGCGUGUUCAAGGAGCGCCGCCCGCGGCUGAAGCCCGCAGAGCUGAUACUGCUGCUGUCCCGUGUCGUGCAGUUAGGCUGCCGCCACCGCCGCGAUGCUGGUGACUCGCUGUGUGAGCUCUGGCCGCGCACAGACUUCUGUCUGGUCGAGCUAUGCGGCUGGCACGGCCGACUUGACGUCAUGCGUCUGCCGAGUGGCGUGGGCGACAUGUACACCGACGUGAUUUCGCGCAUCGACUGCUUCACGCCCACGGAGCUGCUUUACCUGGUGCGCAUGGGCACGUACAUCCGGGGGUAUCACAACCGGAUACUGCGCUCCCACUGCGAACGCAUCCUGUCCACCUGCGCUUGGCGCCUGGACCACACUGACCUGUGCCGCAGCGCAACUGCGCUGGCGUGCUCUAGUGACAGCGUGCCCUUUGCCAAGCUGAUCGGCCAUGUAUGCACGAGUAGGCUUCUGGAGUUUGCGCCCGCUCAGCGCAUGAUGGUGUUCGGCGCCCUGGCCGCUGCGAGGCACGGCGCCACCCUGUUCCUGCAAAGCUGCGCGCGCCACGCUCUGAACCGAGACGUGUUCACGGGCACAGAUGCCGUCAAGGCGCUGGUAUGCUACGCGCGCAAGCCUUCCGCAUGCUCGCCGGCUGUCUUUGAGAAUCUGCUCCGGCGUUGUGUGGGCCUGGAUCUGUCGUGCCUGGGGCCGCUUGAGCUUUGCGACCUCCUGUGGGUGACGUGCAAGUACUCCGACAUGAGCCGCGAGAUGUUUCGACGUUGCGAGCCGCUGCUGCUGCAGCACUGCUCUGAUCUACCCGGCCGAAGCAUAUCGAUGCUGUUGUGGGCCCUGGCGGAUUCAGGGUUUGAGUCGCCGGCACUGCUGUCGGCUCUGGAGUCCGCUGCCACCGCAGCGGCCUCGUCAAUGUCCCCCGCCAAUGCGGCGCUAUGCGUCAACAGUCUGUCCCAGUUAAAGGGCGCAGGGGCGGCAUCUGACUUCCACGUGAAGAUCGAGGAGGAGGUGAUCGCCAACAUCAUGCACUUCAACGGUCUGGAUCUUGCGAUGCUGGCCGAGGGCUACGCUCGCCUGGGCACGGGUUCUGCCACUUUGCACCAGUGUGUCCAGGAAUACGCGCUCCGUUACGCGGAUGAUUUGCCUGCAGACUGCCUGUCGAAGUUGCUGUGGGCCUAUGGCCACCUGGUCGGGCGGGAGUCGUUUUUCGUUGGCCUGCAGUUUCCCCUGCUGCAACGCGUCAACCAGUUCAGCGCGCACGAGCUGUGCCGUGCGCUGUGGUCGUACGCGGUGCAGCGUUUCUUCGACGUUACCUUUUGGAGCAGCUGCCUCACCUUGCUGGACGUCAACCAGGUGCGGGGGAAUCGCCGCUGUGCACUGCUUUACCCCGCCCUCUCGGAUCUAGUUGCAGUGCGUAAGGAGCUGUUGACUGCUGACGUGCUCCGGUUGCUCAACCUCACCAAGAGCAUGUUCAUGGACGACGAAUCGGCGGCCUACUGUGCGGCCACUGGUGAGCGCCUGGCGAGCGCACUCGGUUCCUUGGGCGUCACCGCGUCGACUGCCGAGGCGUUUGAAGGUUUCCUGCUGGACGCCUCCUUCGAGCACCAGGGCGUCCGGCACGCCGUGCUGGUGUAUACACGCACAAACACCGUGGAUUCCGGCUCGCGGCCCUCCGGCGGCAUGAUCCUGAAGGCGCGUCACCUGCGGCGCCACGGCAUUAAGGUGCUCCACGUGUUGCGUGACGCCUUUAUGGCAAUGGACGAGCGCCAGCGCGCCGCCCUCCUGUCCCGGCAGUUAUCGUGA